ACUUGACCUUGGCACAACUCUUUCUCCAGCCGGUAUCACGACAGACUCUGGCACUGCUCCAGUAAGGCUUGGGCUCCAACCUCCCAGGGAACGACCCCCACCAUUCGCGUUCUCCCCCACCCCAAUCCCCGCAAAGGCAUCCCCAUACCCUCUCUUUUAGCCGAACCCUCGCGUCUGUGGACUACUUGGUGCUCUGCAAACUGGAAAGCGACAGCCCCUGGCACUUAUCCACGCAGAGCUAUAGAGCUGGCACGGGUCCAGCCUUUCCCGUUGCAGGAUGGCUAUGACUGACGUGCUCAGCGCUGAGGAUAUCAAGAAGGCUGUGGGAGCCUUUUCAGCGGCUGAAUCUUUUAACUACAAGAAGUUUUUCGAGAUGGUAGGAUUGAAAAACAAGAGCCCAGAAGAUGUGAAGAAGGUUUUCCAUAUUCUUGAUAAAGAUAAAAGUGGCUUCAUCGAAGAGGACGAAUUGAAGUUUGUACUGAAAGGCUUUACCCCAGAUGGAAGAGACCUAUCAGACACAGAAACGAAGGCUCUUCUGGCUGCUGGAGAUAAGGAUGGUGAUGGUAAAAUUGGCGCUGAUGAAUUUGCAACUAUGGUGGCUGAAUCAUAAAGGCUUUGACCAAUGCAAACCCUUCACCCAUCCUUCACUGCCCAAUUCCAACCACCUCCUGCUGACUGCUUUGGCUCCUGUUCUAUUUAUUUAUGUUAUUUUAUACUCCAGCUCUGUUCUCUGCAAUCCUGAAACUCUGUAAUUCUGCUGAAAGACACUGUUAAAAUAAUAAAGGUCACAUCAAUCUGGGCUU